AUGUUCGCUAUGAAGGCAACUUUCCGGCCAAACCUCUUGAGGGUAGCACAAUUACCCCGUGUUCGCUGUUUGCAUGAUCUCCAUAAACACCCUCAAAGCAAGUUCUUGCAGGUUUCAGAAGAAGUCCGCGAUGCUGUCGCAACAGGCAAGCCUGUCGUUGCACUCGAGACGACCAUUUAUACUCAUGGCUUCCCAUAUCCCGACAACAUUGCUCUGGCGUCGCUAUUGGAAUCUGUCGUUCGAGUGAACGGCGGUGUUCCUGCGACCAUCGGAGUUCUUGGGGAGUUGCAAAAGUCGUCCGCAUUGAAGGUGUCCCGCCGAGACCUAGGGUAUAUCUGUGGCAUGGGCCUUGCUGGAAAGCGCAUCCAUGGUGGAACCACCAUCUCGGGCACCAUGAUUCUAUCUGAGCUUGCAGGAAUUAAGAUCUUUGGGACUGGCGGCCUUGGUGGCGUCCACCGUGGAGGAGAGAAUUCAAUGGACAUCUCUGCUGAUCUUACGGAAUUGGGCCGAACCCCGGUGACGGUCAUCAGCUCCGGUUGCAAGAGCUUCCUAGAUAUUCCCAGGACACUUGAGUACCUUGAGACCGAAGGUGUCUGCGUCGGUACCUUUGCAGAUGGACGUGAGGGAUCCGUCGACUUCCCUGCGUUCUUCACGCGAGACAGUGGCUUCCGCAGCCCGCGUACCAUUCAGAACGAGGCUGAGGCUGCUGCGAUCGUUUAUGCGCAAUCUAAACUCCCCGUCAUGUCUGGCAUCCACUUCGCCAACCCCGUCCCUUUGGAAGCAUCAGUGCCUAAGCCCGAGAUGGAUCGCGUCAUUGAAGAGGCUGUCCGUCUCGCCGAUGUAGAGGGCUAUCAUGGUAGCGAUAACACUCCGUUUGUUCUAGCUAAGAUCAAGGAGCUGAGCGGCGGGAAAAGUGUCAUUGCAAACCGAGCUUUAAUUGAAAACAACGUUCAGCGCGCUACACGAGUCGCUGUGGAGCUUGCUAAGCUGGAGGAACAAGACCGGGUAUCUGCGGCUCGACACAUGCCUGCCAUCCCGAACGUUGCCCAGCCAAGCCAAGAUAGCGCCAAACCACAACAGGCUUCUAAGCCUGCCCAGUCUGCAGUUCCUCCGCAGGUUGAGAAAGCAGAUGUUAUGGUUGCUGGCUCCCUCGCAAUUGAUCUAUCUUGCGACUAUACUCCAUUCCCAAAUGAACAGGCCCUAAUCACACCAGCACUUCAUACCUCUAACCCAGCCGUCAUCGGCCAAAGCCUUGGGGGCGUUGGCCACAAUGUCGCCCUCGCAGCAAAAUACGUCGGCAGUGACGUUCUAUUCUGCAGCGUGGUAGCUGACGAUCUAAGUGGCCGUGCAGCACUAGCAUCGCUUGAAAAUGAAGGCCUCAGCACCGCUGGCAUUCAAAUCCUCCCCUCAACCCCAGGGAUACGCACUGCCCAAUACGUCGCCAUCAAUGACGCCAAAAAAGAUCUCCUCGUCGCAAUGGCCGACAUGGGCAUCGUCGAGCUUCCUGAACACCAACUCAACUUCGACGGCUUCUGGGAGCCUCUAAUGGAACGAACCAAGCCUGCCUGGGUCGUCGUCGACGCUAACUGGCACCCAGAAGUUUUGAAGAAAUGGAGCACAAUCGCUCGCAAGUACGGCGCUCGUGUCGCAUUUGAGCCUGUCUCAACGGCGAAAUCCCGCCGUCUCUUCGGGCGCAAUGCUACCGAUACAUGCGCGGCGAUUGGUCCGAAGCAAGUAGUCCCCAACCACGCCAUUAGCCUCGCCUGUCCGAAUCGCCUCGAGCUGACCACAAUGUACGCGGCGGCACGUGAGGCAGAUCUCUUCGAAUCCCAAAGCUGGUGGGCCGUCAUCGACGCUAUGAAUCUAUCUCCGACAGGUUCUCGCGAGCGUCUCAUUUACAUCACAUCCGCUGCACUCGUCGACCAGGGAAUCCCUCAACAAUCAAUCCAGCUUCUCCCCUUCAUCCCAUGUAUCAUCACGAAACUGGGCGAAGCUGGCGCUCUCUUGACUCAACUCUUACAACCUGGCGAUCCCCGUCUUACGGACCCUGAUUAUGCGCCAUAUAUUCUUGCCCGCACACAGUCUUCCGAUGCGCCUUUCGGUGGUGUUUAUAUGCGGCUUUUCUCUCCUACUGCGAAAUUGAAUCCCGAAGAUGUGGUCAGUGUUAAUGGAGCUGGAGAUACCCUCCUCGGGGUUAUGGUGGCUGGGUUGGCGAAGAAAGGUGAUGCUGCGCGUGUUGAGGACAUCAUAUCUGUUGCUCAGGAAGCGAGUCGGAAAACUUUGACUAGUCCUGGGGGGGUGAGUAAGGAAUUGGUGAGCCUCAAGGAUACAAUUGGGCUUUAG